AUAUUUUAGAAAUGACUCACUGCAGAGAUGCUCUAACUUCCCAUCCCCCACUCGCCCACGCACGCAUCUAUCCAUCACCCAUGGCGUCCCGCGACCUCGCCGAGAGCCUCCUCCCCGGCGGUGGGGUCGGCGGCGGCGCCUCCGCCUCGCACGACGAGUACGAGGAGCGUGCGUACGAUUCCGACGACAAGGUCUCCAUCUCCAUCUCGGACUCCGAUGCCGAUGACCCCUCCGGCUCCGGGGGCGACGGCGCGCGCCCGCCCUUCUCGUGGCGGAAGCUCUGGCGUUUCACGGGACCCGGGUUUCUCAUGUGCAUCGCGUUUCUUGACCCGGGCAACCUGGAAGGCGACCUGCAGGCGGGCGCGGCCGCGGGGUACCAGCUGCUGUGGCUGCUGCUGUGGGCGACGGUCAUGGGCGCCCUGAUGCAGCUGCUGUCCGCGCGGCUCGGCGUGGCCACGGGGAAGCACCUUGCCGAGCUCUGCCGUGAGGAGUACCCGCCCUGGGCCACGCGCGCGCUCUGGGCCAUGACCGAGCUCGCCCUCGUCGGCGCCGACAUACAGGAGGUGAUUGGCAGCGCGAUUGCCAUCAAGAUCCUCUCUGGAGGCACCGUGCCGCUUUGGGGCGGCGUCGUCAUCACAGCCUUCGAUUGCUUCAUCUUCCUUUUCCUGGAGAAUUAUGGUGUGAGAAAAUUGGAAGCAUUUUUUGCUGUAUUGAUUGCAACCAUGGCUCUGUCAUUCGCUGUUAUGUUUGGUGAAACAAAGCCUAGUGGAAAGGAACUUCUGAUUGGUUUGGUGGUUCCGAAAUUGAGUUCAAAGACCAUUAAGCAGGCGGUAGGAAUUGUGGGCUGCAUCAUCAUGCCCCACAAUGUUUUCUUGCAUUCAGCACUAGUGCAGUCCAGGAAGAUCGACUCAAAAAAGAAAUCCCGUGUUCAAGAAGCAGUGUACUACUACAACAUUGAGUCGAUUAUUGCACUCAUUGUGUCCUUCUUUAUUAACAUCUGCGUCACAACGGUUUUCGCGAAAGGAUUUUAUGGGUCUGAACAAGCUGACAAUAUAGGUCUUGAGAAUGCUGGACAGUACUUACAGGAAAAAUACGGAACUGCAUUCUUCCCCAUCCUCUAUAUCUGGGCUAUUGGUUUGUUAGCAUCUGGACAGAGUAGCACAGUUACUGGCACAUACGCGGGCCAAUUUGUUAUGGGAGGUUUCCUUAACCUUCGAUUGAAGAAGUGGCUACGAGCAAUGAUUACUCGAAGUUUUGCCAUUAUUCCAACUAUGAUUGUGGCUUUAUUUUUCGAUACUGAAGAUCCUACAAUGGAUGUUCUGAAUGAGUCACUCAACGUUCUUCAAUCCAUACAGAUUCCGUUUGCACUAAUUCCUCUCAUCACCCUUGUUUCAAAGGAACAAGUCAUGGGAUCAUUUGUAGUUGGUCCCAUCACCAAAGCGAUCAGCUGGAUUGUUACGAUAUUUCUGAUGCUUAUCAAUGGGUAUCUUAUACUGUCCUUCUAUGUUACUGAUGUCCGGGGUGUAUUGCUUCGCUCAAGCUUGUGUGUUCUGCUGGCUGUUUACCUUGGGUUCAUCGUCUAUCUUGUUGUGCGAAAUACUUCACUGUAUUCUCGCCUUUGCUCAUCAAUGUCAAAGAACUCAUGAGCGUUUCAACAUCGUCGUUUGCCACCAUGAUGAAUCGGAGUAGUGCAUAAUACUGGAAGAAAGCUGCUCCUCCAUGUGUAAAGCUUGUACCACUGCUUCUUUGUAUUGGCUCCAUUAUAUAGGAGAAGUCUAUAUAUGUAUAUCCCUUGUAUACUUGUAUUUGUGGGAUAUUUGGUAGUAGGCUUCUCCUUUAGGAUGGACUAAGCUAUACCGGCAUUCAAAUAUUUGAGGUUACAAGCAGUAGAUAAAAUUCUUAUUUAUUUCUCAUUUCUGAAGAUUAUGGUGAUGUGAAAACUACUAUUGACAUAAUGAAGAUCACUCAUCUGCCGUAA